ACAGUUGAUCACCCGUAGGCCCCGCCCCUUCUGACGCAGAUCCGUUUCCCGUGUGACGUGCUUGUUUACUGGCGAAGACGUCGCUGCCGUUUCCUCCCGAUAUAAAAACCCGUACCCGUCAAAAUACCUGACAGCACGUAGUGAUCGGAGCGCCAUCGAGGCUGUCAACCAGAACACAUCCGUAUCUUACAGAGCAAUGCAAACGAGCAACACUGCAUUUAUAGCGACCCGUGCACUUUUAAAUACCAACCAAUAGGAUCAGCAAAUGUUUGAAGACAGAUGUUUGGAGAGGUUAGCAGGAUAAGAAGCUAAAGAGCAUUUAAAUCGGAUUGUGUUUGAACUACACCUCAACCCACCUGUCAUUAUCCGCACAAGAGGCUGUUUCUGGCAUUUGAGGCCGUCAUGAUCCAUCUUUUGGACACCGUGGACGAGGCGUCCCCGCCGUCUCUGACCGAUCUGUGCAUGACUCUGGUCAGCUCCAGGCUGGAGCUCUUCUGUGAGAAGCGUGAUGACGGCUCUCUCUCCUUCCGUGAGCCGCUGGUCUUCCCGCAGGAGCUGGCCGACCAACUGCUCUGCAAGAUGUCCACUGCGGGCCUGCUGAACGACAGUACGGUUGGAAUCUUCCGGAGCUGCCAGCAGUUCCGCUUGCGUCACGCCUGCAUCCGCACCGCUCGAAUCUCCGCCGAGGCCUUCCACCGGGCCCUCUGCCCCCACCGCCUCGUGGAGCUGGACGCAUCACGGGUCAACGCCGACCUCACCAUCGCCGACAUCCUUCGAGGUCUCUCGUCCAACAAAACCGUGCAGGAGGGCCUGCAGCGGCUCGUCCUGAACGGCCUGACCAUGUCCUCUCUUGAGGAGCCUAGCCGUCGCUGUUUCAGCGCCAUGCAGGGUUUGCGCGCUCUCAGCGUGUCCAACGUCGACUUUUACGACUCUGGCUUGGUGGACGUGUGCGCGCUGCCCCGCCUGGAGAGUUUGGAUAUCUCCAACACCUCGGUGACGAACCUGACCCCUCUUCUGGGGUUGAGGAGCAGGCUACGCUACCUCACCAUGCACCAGCUCAAGAGGCUGGAGAUGACCACCGCUCAGCUGCUAGCUGUGCUCAGUCAGCUGGAGGGUUUACAGCACCUUGAUAUCUCGGAUGAUAAGCAGUUCACAUCAGACGUGGCGCGGCAGCUGCUGGAGACUUCUGGCAUCUUCCCUCAGCUGGUGUCUCUGGACGUGUCUGGCCGCAAGCAGGUGACCGACACAGCGGUCAAGGCUUUCGUGGAGGCGAGACCGGGCAUGACCUUUGUUGGUCUGCUGGCCACCGAUGCUGGAUUCUCUGACUUCCUGUCUGGAGAGGGCAGCUUAAAGGUGACUGGGGAAGCCAAUGAGACCCAAAUCUGUGAGGCGUUGAGACGGUACAGUGAGAGGGAGGGCUUUGUUAGAGAGGCUCUCUUUCACCUCUUCAGCCUCACUCAUGCCAUCGAGAAACCACGCCCCGACAUCCUGAAGUUGGUCGCGUUGGGGAUGAAGAAUCAUCCGGCCACGUUGAAUGUGCAGCUGGCGGCCAGUGCCUGUGUGUUCAACCUCACCAAGCAGGAACUGGCUUUUGGAAUCCCCGUGCGGCUCCUGGGGAACGUCACACAGCUGCUCCUCGAAGCCAUGAAGACCUUCCCCAACCACCAACAGCUGCAGAAGAACUGCCUGCUGUCUCUCUGCAGUGAUCGAAUCUUGCAGGAGGUUCCCUUCAACAGGUUUGAAGCUGCCAAGCUGGUGAUGCAGUGGCUGUGUAACCACGAGGAUCAGAACAUGCAGAGGAUGGCCGUUGCAAUUAUCUCCAUCCUCGCUGCCAAGCUGUCCACUGAACAAACUGCACAACUGGGAGCUGAGCUUUUUAUAGUAAAGCAACUCCUGCACAUAGUGCGGCAGAAGACGUGUCAGGGUACGGUUGACGCCACGUUGAAGUUCACACUCAGCGCUCUGUGGAACCUCACGGAUGAAUCCCCUACCACCUGCAGACACUUCAUAGAGAACCAGGGACUGGAGCUCUUCAUCAAAGUACUCGAGUCCUUCCCAUCAGAGUCAUCCAUCCAACAGAAGGUGUUGGGAUUACUGAAUAAUAUCGCUGAAGUGGGGGAGUUGCACGGUGAGCUAAUGGUUCAAAGUUUUCUCGAUCAUAUCUGCUCUCUGCUGCACAGUCCAGAGGUGGAGGUCAGUUAUUUCGCAGCAGGCAUCUUGGCCCACCUCACCUCACGGGGCGAGAAGGUGUGGACCCUCGACAUGUCGCUCAGGAACACACUGCUGGAGCAACUGCAUUCAGCGAUUCUGAAGUGGCCGACGCCGGAAUGUGAGAUGGUAGCGUACAGAUCGUUCAACCCUUUUUUCCCUUUACUGGAGUGCUUCCAGACCCCAGGGGUUCAGCUGUGGGCCGCAUGGGCCAUGCAGCACGUCUGCAGCAAAAAUGCAGCGGGGCGGUACUGCAGCAUGUUACUGGAGGAGGGAGGACUGCGGCAGCUAGAGGCCGUGAUCACACAUCCCGAAAUCCACGGCGAUGUGCUGCGAUUGGCUGAAAGCAUCCUAGACAGUUUACAUCGCCACAGAACACGCACAGGAUACGCAGGCCCGGCAAAAAUACACACGCAUACAGAGAAAAACAUUCCAUGACACGGUUCUUUUUGGUCAGUGGUCUCUGGAUAGGACGCUGCAAAAGCUUUUUUUUUUUUUUUUGUACGUGUAUGUGUUCACUCGUGCCCAUCCGUAUGACAACGAUACUCUCCUAUUCUUUCUGCAAAGAGGAACGUGUGAAUAAGUUACUUUGCAUAUGUUUGCACACGACCGAAUCCGUUAUUUAUUUGAAAUAAAUCUCUGUGAUCUGAUGGUGUUUAUUUAGACAGGCAGCAGAGUGUGUGUUUGUUAAACAUGAUUAUGGAUGUGAGCGUUUAUAUAACUAUAUAUAUGUGAGUGUGUGUGUGGGCGUGCAUGUCCACGUGUAUUAAGAGAGCAUGUGCAUCAGAAAGCUACAUAUGCAUAUUGGAUACAACUCCAUAGGAAAUUUCAUUUAUGUGACAGUUUUGUCCUAUUCUACAGAAAAUGCAAUAUAAUCGAAUACGGUUUGGUUACGUGGAAAUACAGUUGGGUAAUGUGGUUACAUGAACAUAUUUAAGAAGUUUGAACUGUUUGGUAAAUGUCAGUGUGGAAUGUUAAAAUUAUGUGGGUGAUCUGUGAGAUAACGCUUGUCAAUGCAUGAGAGCUUUAGGGAUGAAAUCUAUUUUUAUACACAGUAUAUCAACUGUGGCAGAGGACAAUGUUUUUGAUGGUCUGUGUGUUGUAUUGCACGAAAAGUAUUGCGAUUUAGAUUUGAGUUUGGUUUAAAAAUGGUACAAAAUGGACUGAACACCCAAACCGAAGCUGAAUAUGAAGCCGAUAUGAUCAACGGAACGGGCGGAGAUGAAUAAAAUCAAAGCUUUUGCCUUCAGACUCGCUUUAUUGCAUGGAUCUGUUGAGGCAAAGCAGGAACUUGUCAAUAAAUGGAUUGCUGCCUCGUAAACCAUUUGGAGAAAUCAAGAAAUGGACUGUGACGGCGCCGAAUACAGAUAAAUGGCACCUUAAAAGGCAAGAGGAAGACCUUAGGGAAUAUUUGUUAUGAUCGUGGCAACUUUGAAGCACUGGUGAUUUGCCAAAAGUCAUGGGAUUUGCCUUCUUGCUAAACAUGCAUAUAAACUUAAGUUUGAUUUAAUUUAACACCGAUUAAGCUUUUAGACAGCAGGGUCAACUUGUUCUGUUUGAAAUUGCAUUUAAAAAAAAUAUACUCCAUUUUGUUCCAAGCGUUUUUGUAUAUAAAUGUUUCAUUUCCCUGGAUGUGUGUAUCCUUGUUUUUCGCAGCAUGGAUUUGGUUUUCUAUUCGCAACUGGGCCAUGAAUAAUGAUGAGAUGCUCCAACAAAUAUGCUUUGUUCCAGAAAAUCUUGUUGUGUCAUGCAGCUGUUCUUGCAAAUGGCAUGCAAUAUAAGUCCUUGUUAUAAUUUGGACUGUCAUUUUGUUGAGUGUUUGGCAACUUUGGCUAGGUUUAUACCACUGAAAUUCAUCACAACACUGCCUGUUUUUGGAUAAAGUUGCGGCACUAACAAUUAUUGAGGUUAAAUAUAAUCUGCCGCUGUGUAAAUGGACCAAAUGACCUCUGGGUUCAUUGAACUCUUCAGACAGAGCGUGGAGAAUCUCAUCAUGUAUGUGGAUUUUGGUUCUGUGUUGUACUACAGUUAUCUUCCUCACGCAGAGUGAGGAUUGAGCUGCAAAAGCAGAGAAUGCUAUAGUGUUAUACUGCCGCUCGGAUUUCCGUUUAUGCAAAAUUAUGUUUGGGGAAUAAAGAAUGUAAAACCUC